UUUGUGAAAGGAAGCACUUCCUUUGAGUCAUGGAGAGAAAUGAUUAGUUAGUUCCUCCUAAAACAAUAGUUGAGUAUGAUGUCUCACUCAACUAUCAGCAAAAACUGUCUGACUUCUUCCUCAUGUUAGAAGCAUGGCAUGAUGUUCAAGUAAUACUAUUUGUGGUCCAUCGAGUCAGUGCUCUAGUUAUGUUUUAGCUGUGUUUUAGUUCUCACUUUCAUUUGGCACACUUGCCUAGUGCCCAAGUUUUCAAUCAACAUAUCUCCCAGUUCUCAAUCUCUAGAUAUUAUUUAAGUGUUCUCAACUUUACCACCUCAGAUGUAUGUGAACAGAAUACACUCAAUAACUCUGCAAAGAAUUUUGUUAAAGAUGUAGAUAUUGUAGGACAGUAUGAAAUCCAAAAACCUGUGCUUCCGGGAAUAGGACCGGUAAUAAGAAAAGAACUAUCAGUUGGCAUGAGAGUAUAUGCUAUGAGAGCAAGUUAUUUGGGUGUUUGGCAAAGAGCAAGAAUUGUUAAUAUCAAAACAAAUAUUUUAGGGAAAAAGUAUUGCAAGAUUAAGUUUGACAUGGGAAAAGCAAAUUCUAAUCGUGCUUAUUUACCAAAACAUCUAGCAUAUUUUCAACCUCCUGAUGUAAUUCUUUCAGUUGGCUCAAGAGUUGUUGCACAUUAUAGAGAUGAACAUUGGAGUCCUAGAUCAUCUUUGUAUGCAGGUGUUAUUGCAGAACCACCUAAACUAAUGAAUAGAUACAGGUAUCUUGUUUUCUUUGAUGAUGGCUAUGCACAGUAUGUGAAACAUAAUGAAGUAUAUUUAGUCUGUGAAUCAAGGAAAGAAGUGUGGGAAGAUAUACAUCCUGAUUCCAAAGAAUUCAUUAAAAGUUAUCUUCAACAAUAUCCUGAACGUCCAAUGGUAAAAUUACAGCCUGGUCAAAUAGUGAGGACUGAAUGGAAUGGACAAUGGUGGAUAGCUAGAGUGUUAGAAGUGGAUGCAAGUCUAGUCAAAAUGGUUUUCCAUGCCGAUCACAGAACAGAAUGGAUUUAUAGAGGAUCAACGCGUCUUGCUCCAUUAUAUGAUGAAUUAGCUGCUGCUCAAGCAAAUCGUUUGAGUGGUAAAAAUCGAAGGCAUAAUGUAGUGACCAAAAAAAAACAUCAACCAUAUGUGGAAUAUACUAGAGGAACAGAAGAACCAACAUCUCAUCAAAUAACAAAUAUCGAAUCAACAGAUACAAAUAAUAAAUUAAUUCAAGCAUACUCCAGACCUCAGGUAGCUAGAAAGCAUACAUCUGCACUUCCAGAAUUAGGAUCUCGUAAUGUGGCAAAAAAAUCGACUACUCAACUACCUCAGGAGAUCUCAUUCAAUGCUAUGUCAACAUUGACCAUCACCUCACAAUCUGGCCAAAGAGAAACUUGUAAGAUACAGCGUCAGAAGAUUAUUUAUGUUCCCCAUACGUGUUGUCCAGAAUGCCUUAAAGAAGAAAAUUUAGAAAAAUUACAUAAAAGUGAAAAUCCAUUAUGGAUUCCGAUUCUUACAGGAUGGGAAAGACAAAUUGCAAAACAUCGUGCCGGAAAUAGACGAAUAGUAUUUUAUCAAGGCCCUUGUGGAAGGCGAUUAAGAAAUAUAGUUGAAGUUCAUCGCUACUUGAUGGAAACAAAAUCAAAAUUAAUGGUUGAUUUGUUUUGUUUCGAUAGUUAUGUGAAUACAUCUGCAGAAUUUGUUCCUUCAGUUAUAAACUGUCAAAUCAAAGAUAUUACUCAGGGGAAGGAACCAAUUCCUGUUCCAUGCAUCAAUAGUAUAAAUAGAGAAUAUCCACCAUAUGUAGAAUAUUCUAGUACAAGAUUUCCAGCUAAAGGUGUAAAUUUGAAUUUGGAUGAAGAAUUCCUUUGUGGAUGUGAUUGUGAUGAUAACUGUCAAGAUCGAAAUAAAUGCCAAUGCCAACAGUUGACUGUUGCAGCCACAGAAGCACUGCCUACAGGAAGAUUACCAAAUGCUGGUUAUUAUUACAAAAGAUUGCAUGAGCCUUUGAUAACUGGUGUCUAUGAAUGUAAUCCUCGUUGCAAAUGCAAUUCCUCAUGUGUGAACCGUGUUGUCCAGGGAGGUUUAAAAGUACAAUUACAAGUUUUUAAAACAGAGAGAAGAGGAUGGGGAAUUAGAAGUUUAAAUGAUAUACCUCAGGGAAUGUUUAUUUGCAUAUAUGCUGGACAAUUAUUGACUGAACAAGGUGCAAAUGAAGAUGGAAAUCAGUUUGGAGAUGAAUAUUUAGCAGAAUUAGAUCAUAUUGAAGUGGUAGAAAGAUUUAAAGAAGGUUAUGAAAGUGAUGUUAUAGAUCCAGAAGGAAAUAAAACUAAACAAGAAUUAAAGACUGAUUCAGAUGAUGAUUCCAUAGCAUCUGAUUGCUCUGAUGAUAGUGAAAGAAAAGAUAAUCAUUCAUCAGAUUCUGAUUUUGAUAUUGAUUCAAGAGUUAGAAUUGAACCAGUCAACCAUGCAACUAGAAGCAAACAAAAAUUAAUUGAAUUAGAAACAGACAGCAGCAGCUCAACAGCAGAAAAAUCCAGUGUUCCCAAUUCAGUAUCAGACUUUCCUGAUAUUGCUGAUCAUUGGAUGAAGUCAGAUUGUUUUUCUAAAUCCAAAAGAUUCUCUAAUGGAAUCUGGAUGUCUUCCAACAAACUUGGAACAAAUGAAGAAUUUAAAGAUGAUGAUACAAAUAUAGAACUUCCUGAUCUAGAUACCGAAUAUUCAAAUGCUUCCAAAUCUGAUCUUUCUAAUGAUAAGAUUUUUGAAGAGUUUGAUAAGAUAAAAUUGAUCCGGCGACCUCGAGUUACGAAAAGAUUGUCAACCAAUGAUAGUAGUGAUCAUAAGGAAUCUCUUAGUGAUAGUGAAGAUGAUAGCAUUAAAACAGAAGAUGAUGUUGAAUGCAGUAAAUCAUUAAAAUCUGUUACCAACACCAGAGAUAUUAAAAUGCCAAUUAUUUCACCAUUAAGGAAUAGCGGAGAAACAAAGUUCAAUUCUCUUCGCAGUUAUUUCAAUGAAGAAUACUGUUAUAUUAUGGAUGCCAAGACAUGUGGAAAUAUUGGACGAUAUUUAAAUCAUAGUUGUUGUCCAAAUGUUUUUGUACAGAAUGUAUUUGUUGACACUCAUGAUCUGAGAUUCCCUUGGGUUGCAUUCUUUGCCAUGACGCAUAUCCGUGCUGGCACAGAAUUGACUUGGGAUUAUAAUUAUGAUGUAGGUAGCGUUCCUGGAAAGGUUAUGUAUUGUUAUUGUGGAUCGGCAGAAUGCAGAGGCCGAUUACUAUAGAGCACUGGCUAGCACUUAAAAUCUUUUUCCUAUGGAGAGCAAUAGAAGAGGAAAAUACAAAAGAAAAAGCUGUGAUAUUUAUUAAAAGCUAGUUGAUAAGAAUUAUAAUAUACUUCACUUCCACACUGCCAUUUGUAGAUUAUUAUUAUUUCAUUGUAAUGUACAAUAUGGUGAUCACAAAUAUACAUGUUUGUCCCACUAUACAUAAAUUCAUAGUUCAUCUUGUACAUAUAUUUAUUCAUAUUUUAAAGAUUUUGAUUUCAUUCUUUUACAUCUCUUGUAAAUACAAAUUGACAUUUGACAUUGUAUACAAGUAAAUUAUGUUGCAUAUUUGUCUGUUAACAUGUUCAUUUUGUGUUUUGUUUUUAAUUGUCAUUGAAUUCCUUUCAUGUAUGUAUUUGUAUAAAACCUGAUUGACUGAUUAAUUAUAAUCAUUUUUAUUGUCAAACUGGUUGUAAAAACUUGUUUCUAAAUGACAAAAUAAAUGUUUUUUUACAUAAA